CCUCCCUCCUCCUCUUCCUCUCCCUCGCGGCCUCGCUCUCCUCUCCCGGCCAGCCGCCUUCUGCGGAGGGGGAGAGCCGAGCGCAGAGCCCCCCGGCCCGCCCCGCCCCUCCCCGGAGACAAGCGAUGGGCGACAUCCCCAGCCUCGUGAAAAUCAGCGUCUCUCUCAAAAUCCAGCCCAACGACGGGGCGGUGUAUUUCAAGGUGGACGGGCAGCGCUUCGGCCAGAACCGCACCAUCAAGCUGCUGACCGGGGCCAAGUACAAGAUCGAGGUGGCUCUUCGGCCCGGCACCGUCCAGGCCACGACAAUGGGCAUCGGGGGCAUCAAUGUCCCACUGGAAGAGACAUCACGGGAUGCACAGGUGGCCUCUUACACAGGGAUCUAUGACACAGAAGGGGUGCCCCAUACCAAGAGUGGAGAGAGACAGCCCAUCCAGGUCAACAUGCAGUUUAAUGACAUUGGUGUUUUUGAAACAGUCUGGCAAGUCAAAUUCUACAACUACCACAAACGGGAUCACUGCCAAUGGGGAAACAGUUUUGGUAGUAUUGAGUACGAAUGCAAACCAAAUGAAACACGCAGUCUUAUGUGGAUCAAUAAAGAGACCUUCCACUGAAGAAAUGUGAAACCCAUACUCCUGGACAACCUCCCCAACAAAAGAUCUACCUUUUAAAACCAGCAAGAAGCCUUAACAAAGGCAUAAUGUAACAUUGCUUUGUUACAUAAGUUUCCAUCAACUACAUUGUAUAUACAGGUGGUGCCACUGAAAUCUUUGCCUAUUACUGUAUUUUAAGUUGACCAUGGCAUCUGUAACAUUCUUUAUCUGUCAUCCUGAGAAUACUGUAAAGUUCAUGGGAAAGAAUACUUGAUAGCCUGGUAGAAAGUCAUAAAUCGUAAUACUGUCGUAAGUAUUUGCAUUAUGCCCACUAAAUGGGUUCCACUAGAUGUAGCAACUUUAGUGAAGUGUUUUGCUUUAUUGCUUAGAAUUUGGAUGCAACAUCACAUUGGUGAUUUCUGUAUCUAUAUUUGUUUGCUCCUAAAUAGGUGUGCUCCUUUGAGCGUUUUGUCACACAUGUCAUCCCAGUGGACAACAAGAAGUGCAAAUUAUGGAUAUUUGUAGGUUUAGCUAAAUGGCAGCUACUACACCGUUAAUAUUGUGCUUUCAUACCAGGGUAUUUGGAAACUCGUUCUCCCUUUUGUUAAGUGCUGUAAGAUAUUCUGUGACAUUUGUUAAUUUACCAAAUCUCGCAAAAUAGAAUUCUCUGUUCAAUUCUCCAGUCUCUAAAAUAGCUUUAGGAAACUGUAUGAAACAUGUUAACCUGAAGGAUAGAAAAGCAAUAUACCAGAGACAUCUAACACAUGGCUAAUAUCUCUCUUAACAUCAUAUAGUAUUCUUGAAAGAUACAGCUACCAUACUGAAUUUAGUUCUUAGAGUAAGAGUUACAACAGUAAUCUCCUUUUUUAUGACACAUUGCUCACAUCAGUGAAAACCUACAAGUCAACUUUUCCAAGACUGACAACUGUAUUAUACCAAAAUUGACAGUAUUUCUUGCAAUGCGUAUUUAUACAUGCAUUGCACUCUUUCAAAUAAAGAUAUGCAUGUAAGUAUAUGCAUGGUGAUGAUGACUAAAGGUGCUAUAUAAACACCAGAUCAGUGUUUAACAUAUACAGACAAAAAAAAACCAAACACAUUUUAUUUCAGUAAAUAAUGCAGGGAAACAACUACACUGUUCCAUCCCCAACUUGGGCUGAAGUAAGCUGUCAGUUCUUGCAUAUCUGUUAUUCCCUUUGUGAAUAAUUUGUAAAUUGUGUAUGUAAAUGGUAACCAUGACUUUUGAUCUUUGUAAUAAAGGACUUAAACAAUU